AUGGACAAGAGUUGGAUGAUGAUAAGUGAUAGGUUGAAAAGUAAAGAGUACCAACAAGGUGCUAAGUUAUUUAUUGACUUUGCAACGAAGGAUUUAGACCCACACGAUGACAUUCGUUGUUCAUGUGUCGAUUGCUUAAAUGGCACAAAACAUAGUCGACAAGUUGUAUGGCUACACUUGAUUCGAAGAGGAAUCGCGUGUUCAUAUGGAACUUGGGUGCACCACGGGGAGCAUGCUCCAUUGCGUCAUGAUCAACCUAGUGUGUCAAACGAUGUUGGCGAAAGAGAUGGAGCUGCAAUUUUUGACAUUGACGAUAAUUUGGGUGAGUUGCCUACUAUGUUGGAAGAGAUUUACAUGAGUGGUCUCCUGGAUGAUCAUAUCGACGACGAACCUAAUAGCUCGGAGAGAGAAAAUUCAGUAAAGUUCAUUAGGUCGUUUGAUGAUGCUCAACGCAAAGUGUACCCAGAGUGUGAAAAGUUUUCUGUGUUGUCCUUCGUUUUUAAGAUGCUUUAUAUUAAGGUGUACAAUAAAUGGAGCAACAAAUCUUUCGAUAUUGUUAUGCAAGUUUUCAAUGACAUUCUCCCAAAGUGUGAUGAAAUUGUUCCAUGGAUGCUUUAUGAAUCGAAAAAGUUCUUACGUGAAUUGGGUUUGGGAUAUGAAGUCAUUCAUACAUGCAAGAAUGAUUGUAUUUUGUUUUGGAAUGACAAUGCAAAACUGGAUACUUGCCCUACAUGUAAGGAGUCUAGAUACAAAUUCAACAAUGUGAGUGGUAAAAAGAUACCUCACAAAAUAUUGAGGCAUUUAGCCGAUGGUCAAGCAUGGAAGGACUUUGAUAUACAGCAUCCUACGUUUUUUGUGGAACCCCGGCAUGAAAGGUUAGGGCUUGCCACGGAUGGUUUCAAUCUGUUUAGAAAUAUAAGCACAUCAUAUAGCAUGUGGCCCGUACUCUUAAUGCCUUACAAUCUUCUCCCGUGGAAGUAUAUGAAAGAGCCAUUUCUGAUGAUGUCAAUGAUUAUUCCCGGUCCAUCCGCCCCUAGAAGAGACAUCGAUGUUUACUUGCAACCAUUAGUGGAGGAGUUAAUGAAUUUGUGGGAGCAUGGUGUGCAAACAUAUGAUGCCGUAAAUGGUCAAGUUUUUAAAAUGUAUGCAGCAAUCAUAUGGACUAUCAAUGACUUCCCCGCAUAUGGUACCAUGUCUGGUUGGACUACAAAAGGUUACUUGGCUUGCCUUAAUUGUAACAUGGAUGCAUCAUCUCAGCAUUUGCGAAGUAAGAUAGGAUAUAUAGGUGCCCGUCGCCACUUGCUCGAGAACCAUAUUUGGUGA